AACUGUGAAAACACAAUCACACGCAAACGCCGAGUGCAUGGAUAUCAUGCUGUCACGUGAAACCACAUUAUUUCUCGCCGAUAAAAACACGAAUCGCCUCCUCUCGUCCCCGUUUUGAUGCUAUUUUGUCACGUGUGUAACCCGAGGGGAGACUGGAGUCAGAGAGACGGGGGGCACGACAGUCAGGAAUGUUUCUUCCGGUUCCAAAGAGCGUAAAAAGCCAGCGGAAGCUAAUGUGCUCUUUGUAGACUGCUUGUGCCUCAUUGAAUCCUGUACGACUCAGCUCUGCUGCCGACAUUGGUUUCCCCCCAGCUGCAGGAAUAACCAUUGAGACAAGCGAGGGGCCUCUGUCUCCAGAAGUGCAGCUAACCACUGACUGCAUGUCUCAGAGCUCUGACCGAAGCCAGCUAUCUUUCUCCUCCUCCCACUUUUACUCAAGGACCCACAUUUUCACAUAAACAUAACCUACAAACUUCAAACCAACUGCUAGUUGCUUCGUCACAGGCACAGUUGGUAAUUUCUCUCCUUGGCCAGAAGGAUCGUCCUGCAGCUGGCCCCCAACUGGUGCUCCUUCAGUGGGGGAGGGUGGGGAAGGAGAGCAGCUGAACGUCGUUUCGUUUUUUCCUUGCGAUGAAGCUGCAGGCUGUCAUGGAGAACCUGCACAGGCAGCAGAGGGCCAAGCUGCUGAUGGAGCAGCAACUACAGCAGCAAGCUGCUGGCCAACACACUCAAGUGCGCAUAGGUGGAGGAGGAGGGGACGAGCCGAUGGGGAGCCCGACCACUGAAGCAGAGCAGGCCCAGAUGGCUGCACUAGCGGCCAUGCGUGCUGUGGCGGCAGGGCUGCAGAGGGUGUCAGACAGCCCCAUGUCAGAGCGCAGCAGCGGUGGUGAGGAGGAUGUUGAUGACGACGACGAUGAUGAUGAUGACGACAACGAGGAAGGGGAGGAGCAAUACAAGGACAUGAUGGGGUCAGAUGAGGAGGAGCAGAUCAAACAGAAAUGGGAUGAGGAAGACUUUGAAGGCGAGAUGGAGGAAGACUUUGAUGAUGAUCUCAGAGAGGAAGGUCUGCCAACAGGCCAUGAUGCUGUGGCUCCGGGGAAAGGCAUCCUCCUGUUGCCCCACCGCCAGCUCCACCCUCAUUCUCAGCUACUGAAGGCUCGCCCCAGUGUCGACCAGGAACCCCGGGUCGCUAUCCUGCCUCCCCACUCCACACACGGCCAUCUGGGCGGACAAGACCAUGGAGAAUGGACCUAUGAAGAACAGUUCAGACAGCUGUAUGAACUGGAUGGAGACCCAAAGAGAAAGGAGUUUCUGGAUGAUCUCUUCAGCUUCAUGCAAAAAAGAGGAACCCCAGUGAAUCGUAUUCCCAUCAUGGCCAAACAGGUCUUGGAUCUGUACAUGCUCUACAGGCUAGUGACAGAAAAGGGAGGCCUAGUGGAGGUCAUCAACAAGAAGCUGUGGAGGGAAAUCACCAAGGGACUCAACCUGCCUACCUCAAUCACCAGUGCAGCCUUCACCCUUCGCACACAAUACAUGAAGUACCUGUACCCAUAUGAAUGUGAUAAGAGGUGUCUGAGCAACCCCAAUGAGCUCCAGGCAGCCAUCGACAGUAAUCGGCGGGAGGGACGACGACAGAGCUUUGGAAGCUCCCUCUUCACCUACUCACCCAAUGGCACACCCACCAUGCUGUCCUCGCCAAAGCUCCCCACGUCCAGCAUGGGUCUGACAGUGGGCACCAAUGGGGCCUCGCUGACUGCCAUCCAGAGGAUAAAGAAAGAAGAGGGGGGCCAGUCGCUGCCGGGAGUCGGUAUAGCUCGUUUGCCAGCAGGAGCCCUGGCGGGUCACUCGGUGGCUGCUGUGCAGGCAGCGGCAGCCCAGGCGGCGAUGGCGGCUCAGGUGGUGGCUCUGGAGCAGCUAAGGGACAAACUGGAGGCUGGUGAGCCUCCAGAGAAGAAGAUGGCGCUGCCAGCCGAGGAUCACCACCGGCUUCUGCAGAGAGCACUGCAGCACAACCUGCUGGCCAUGACCGCCCAGAUGCCCAUGAACAUACGCAUCAACAAUCAAGAAGGCAGACAGGACUCGGCGCUGAAUCUCACCACCAACGGCACAAGCAGCAUUAGCAUGUCAGUGGAGCUCAACGGCGUAAUGUACACUGGCGUUCUUUUUGCUCAGGCAGCAGCGGGGGCAGCAGUGGGGUCAGCCUCCUCUGGUGCGUCUGGGUUGUCUGUGUCCAACAAUCAUGCCGCUCCUCCUCAGCAGCAGCAGCAGCAACACACACCUACCUCAACCUCCAACAACCUGUUGUCUUAACAAACCCCCGGCCUU